AUGAAGAUUAGUCCGUUGUACAGCUUGUUUUUAACGGUAGUAUCCGUCCUUGCGAUUGAUUUGGACACUAGUUCCAAGUCGUCGAUAUGUACAGCAACUGCUUUGAUUCAACAAGGUAUUAGUGAUUACUAUGAAGGUGACGUAUAUGGUGGGACUGUCGGUAUGUUUGUAUCGCCAUACUAUUGGUGGGAAGCCGGACUUGUCUUCGGAGGUAUGAUUGAAAAUUGGUAUCUAUGUCAAAAUACAUCGUAUGAAGAUAUGCUUUACGAUGCUUUGAUGGCACAAACUGGGUCCGAUUAUGAUUACAUGCCAAGUAAUCAAACUAUGGUGGAAGGUAAUGAUGAUCAAGGUGUUUGGGCUUUGACAGUAAUGACUGCCGUGGAAAGAAAUUUCACAAAUCCGAAGGAAGACGGCACACCUGGCUGGUUGGCCAUGGUACAAGCUGUUUUCAAUCAAAUGUACUCACGUUGGGAUUCAGACCAUUGUAACGGUGGCUUAAGAUGGCAAAUCUUUACCUGGAACUCGGGAUACAAUUAUAAGAACACAAUUUCCAAUGGUUGUCUCUUCCAAUUGGCAGCACGACUCGGAAGAUAUACGGGUAACACUACUUAUUUGGAGGUAGCAGAAAAGGUCUUCGAUUGGCUUGUCGAUAUUGAUUUCGUAGUAAUGAAGGAAGAGGCCAAUGUUUUCGAUGGUGCGACUAUCGACGAUAACUGUACUUCCAUUGUGAAAUACGAAUGGAGCUAUAACCAUGGUGUUGUUCUUGGCGGAUGCGCGUAUAUGUACAAUGCAACAAAUGGGUCUGAUGUCUGGCAGACACGUACCGAACAAAUUUUAGGUGGGGCCACUUCAUUCUUUUUCGAAGAUGACAUAAUGUAUGAAAGUACAUGCCAAGCUUCAAACAAAUGUAAUACAGAUCAGCGUGUCUUUAAAGCAAUUUUCUCAAGAAUGUUAGGUUAUACUUCAGUUUUGGCUCCGUUCACAACGGAUACAAUAACCCCUCUCAUAGACACUAGUGCAGCAGCAGCAGCCAAAUCAUGUAGCGGUGGUACUGAUGGCCAUACCUGUGGAUUAAAUUGGUUUACUGGUGAUUGGGAUGGGCAGUAUGGUCUUGGUGAACAGGCGUGCGCUUUGGAAAUCAUUAACCAAUUGCUUGUUCACGAUCUACCAGCGCCAUUAACUGAAAGCACUGGUGGGUCUUCCAGUGGUGAUGCUAGUGCCGGUCUAAACGUCAGUACCACAAAUGUCUUACAGAAGAACAUCAACAUCACAGCAGGAGACAAAGCCGGUGCAGGUAUUAUUACUACAAUUGUGCUUGGUGUUCUUGUAUUGGGGACAGUAUGGAUGGUCUUAUAA